CGACCACUAUAAAAACCUUCUCUUUCGUUUCGUCGCCUCAUGUAAGAUUUCAGAAAAAGUAAUCUAAAUCUCGUUUCUACUGCCGCAAGACCUUUUUCAUUUUGUAGAAAAAGUUCCAGAAAAAUGAACUACUUCUUCUUUAUUUCUCCUUCCUGUUCUCCUCCAGACACGGCGAGAACAGGAGUUUUGUACCUUUCAGAACUAAUCCAGAAAAAUGAAGUUUUCCAUGCUGUUUCGCACUUCGUUAUCGUUUCUUUGUACUUUUGGCAUUGCACUCUUCACAUGAGGUUCUCGGUCUUCUACAUGACUUUGCACUCAGGCACUUUCUCCAAUCUGUCAUGCUCUUUUGUACAAAACUCUCUAGGUUCGAUGUCUUCUAGCAAAAAAAUAUCGUCGUGUACAAUUUCAAAAAAAACUCUAUCUCCGUGUACAGUUUACACCUUCGUCUGUCGGCAUCUCUUCCCGCUAAGGAAGCUAGUUUCGUGGUCACCGUUUCGAGGUCAACUGUUUUUAUCUUGUGGUGAUAGGUUUCACCAUCUCGUGGUCAAUUUUUCGAGGACAAAAAAAAACUAG